AAGGAGAGCAGGCAGGCAGUCACCUACCCCCCACGGUCACCCACAGGCCUAGUAGUAGCUUAAUAAAUAAACACACCACUGACCACUUGCCUAGAUGCCUGCCACCACCACCAAUUCGAUUCCCCAUCGAGAGCCUGUUUGCCUGCCGCUGAUCGCCAUGGCCGCCGCCGCCGCGCUGAGGUCCCCGUCCUCCGUCAGGGUCGUCUCGGGCCCUUCCUCCGCCGCAGGGGCGGGGCUCGCCAAGGCGCGUCGUCAGCAGGCGCCCAGGGUCGCCAUCCGCGGCGCCGCCGGGGCCGGGCAGCAGCCGCGGAGUCGCCGUGGCGCCGCCGCCGCCGUCGUCCGGGCGUCGCUGUUCUCGCCCAAGCCCGCGGCGGCCAAGGACGCGCGGCCGACCAAGGUGCAGGAGCUCUACGUGUACGAGAUCAACGAGCGGGACCGCGAGAGCCCCGCCUACCUCCGCCUCAGCGCCAAGCAGUCCGAGAACGCGCUCGGCGACCUCGUCCCCUUCACCAACAAGGUGUACAGCGGCAGCCUGGACAAGCGGCUGGGGAUCACGGCGGGGAUCUGCGUGCUGAUCCAGCACGUCCCGGACCGGAACGGCGACCGGUACGAGGCCAUCUACAGCUUCUACUUCGGCGACUACGGCCACAUCUCGGUGCAGGGCCCGUACCUGACCUACGAGGAGUCGUACCUGGCGGUCACCGGCGGGUCGGGCGUCUUCGAGGGCGCCUACGGCCAGGUCAAGCUCAACCAGAUCGUCUUCCCCUUCAAGAUCUUCUACACCUUCUACCUCAAGGGCAUCCCGGACCUGCCCAGGGACCUGCUCUGCACGCCCGUCCCGCCGUCACCCACCGUCGAGCCCACCCCCGCCGCCAAGGCCGCCGAGCCGCACGCCUCCAUCAACAACUACACCAACUGAUGACCCCAGUUUCUUUCGAUUCGGUGCUUGCUUGCGUUGCGUUCUACUAGUUAGUAGUACCAAUAAAUUAAAGAUGCAGAGGGAGGGAUCGAUCCACUUGUAGUACGUGCUUUUCACUUGGCUUCUUCUGAUUACAGCUGACUAGCAGCACCUCGUAUCAAAAAAAACAAAAAACAAAAAAAUCGAUGGAUUAGUAGAGUUAAUGCAUGGUUAAUCGGCAGCCGUUGUGGACUUGUGUCACCUUUGGACCAACUAAAUUAUAUCAUAUUUCUUUGUCGUUGAGUA